GGGGCUUAGAGAGAAGCAAGAAACAAAAUAACGUAAAACAGAAUGGGAUUUCUAUGGACGAUUGCAGAACUCCUGGUAGCCUUAGUUUUCAUUAUAGCUUCGUUCUUGCUUACUGCAGUCGUAUCUGAAGCUUAUAGAAGAAGACACAACAACACGCAUGUUGAUGCUCCUGCUUUCUUCGAGGAUCCGAAUUCCUUGAAACAGGUUCCAUUUCCCCAUAUCCACGAGCCUGCCGAGAAAUAUAUAUCUUUGGUUAUUCCUGCGUUUAAUGAAGAGCAUAGGCUUCUGGGAGCUCUUGAUGAAACCAUCAAUUAUCUUCAAGAGCGUGCAGCAAAGGAUAAGUCAUUUACUUAUGAGGUGGUGAUUGUUGAUGAUGGAAGUGCUGAUGCGACAAAACGAGUAGCUUUUGACUUUGUAAAGAAAUACACAGUGGAUAAUGUAAGGGUUAUCCUUCUUGGUAGAAAUCAUGGCAAAGGAGAAGCUAUUAGAAAAGGCAUGCUUCAUUCACGUGGUGAACUACUUCUAAUGCUCGAUGCUGAUGGGGCAACCAAGGUUACUGACUUAGAGAAACUAGAAAAUCAGAUCCAUGCAGUUGCUAGAAAGGAGUUCCAUUUAGGAGAGUCAACAUCUAGCGAUUCAAGUUUUAGAAUAUCUGAUAUCCCACUUGCUGCCUUUGGUUCCCGUGCUCACCUUGAGGAGAAGGCUUUGGCUACAAGGAAAUGGUACCGCAAUUUUCUUAUGAAAGGCUUUCAUCUUGUGGUUCUCUUGACUGCUGGUUCUGGAAUUCGUGACACACAGUGUGGUUUUAAGAUGUUUACUAGGGCUGCUGCUCGGAAGCUUUUCACAAACAUCCGGUUGAAGAGAUGGUGCUUCGAUGUUGAG